AGGAAUUGGCGAUGUUCUCAUCGGAUUUGGGAGAAUUUUUCAAUGCUGCGUCAUGCAAGGGUACUCAGUUUUUUCGUUCCGUUAACACAUCUGUUGCACACAACAUUGAUAUACUCCGCAUGACCACUUCCCCCGCCGUCGUUAGUCCCUUAGUCACCGUGGAACAGGAUCGACUUCCUCAUCUGAUUGAACUUGGGCUCUCCUCGUCUCCCGAUGCUGCAUCCACCGAUUCAUCCGGUCAGGAGCAUAUGUACCAUCGAUGGGAUUAUCACUACACUCGUACCGAUGGUCACUUUGCUCCCACUUCCAGCCCCACUCCAACCGGGCUGACUACGGUUUGGUCCAGGCCCCGAGCUCUGGUUCACCCACCAACCGACUCCUUGUCCUUGUCAACAUCUGCUGAACAUGCGCCGGCAUAUUCAUCCACAGUUUCGCAACACUCAUGGACAAAUGCAGCUGCAUCUCGUGGCAUACUUCGGUGCCCAUUUUGCAAUAAAUCUUUCAGCAACUCAAGCGCCAUCGGCAAGCACAAACUGACGCACAGUGAGGAACGCAAAUACGUCUGUUCCAUUUGUCACAAGGCGUUUAAACGCCAAGACCACUUAAAUGGUCACAAGUAUACUCAUGAGGAUAAGAAACCGCAUGGGUGUUGCUUUUGCGACAAAUCGUACAGCGACGCUCGCUCUCUACGUCUCCACUAUGAGAACGCACACCCGCUGGAAUACGAGCGGUGGUUGGCUCUAUCACAGGCCACACAUUGUGAUACCACGGCCAUCGCAGCGGCCGCAGCGGCUCUGCUGUCUUCCACUACUACCACCACCACUAUCACUGGUCUGGAUCUGGAUGCUGCUGUCGCUGGAAACUCCGGUCCGAUGACUUUUACCAAUCCAUCCGCCGCCGCCUCGCUGUUGAAUGCGUUGAGCAAUCCAAUGUGCAAAGUAUUUGCUUCUCUUGGUAGACCGGAUGGCUCACCGGCUUCGAGUGCCACGAACGAAGGACAACGUAGCAACGGACACUCCAAAUCACGUCAUCCUCAUGACAAAAGACACAGGCAAAAACGCAGAACUCCUCAUGGUAUGGAGUGGUCCUCAGCCGGAUCAUCGCAUUCAUCAAACUCGUGUGGCGGCUCCGCCUCCAACGCAAGCUCUCCUUCUGGGACCAUCAUGGACAUUGGGGACCACGAUGAGAAGCUGGAAGACCGGCUAGACAAAUCAAAUCCUUUGGCCGCACUAUCGUCCAUCUCAGCGGAGGACAUUUCCACAGCAGCUAAAGUUGCUCUGCUCAUGGCUCAUCCGCUGGAGGCACCGAAGCGCGUCGCAUGCGCUACCUGCCAGAAACGUUUUAAAAAUCAAUCCGCGCUAAAUGGACACAUGCGAUUAAACGCGGGUUACGGUCCGGCUGGAUUGACUGCGCCGGCUUCGUCCACUACCUGUGUGAAUACUAAAACGGGUGCACCCAAGUCGUAUUCCGCUGUAGAAGAGAGCCACUGUGGUGCGGAAGAGACCAUUCACGACACGCAUUUGACGGUAUCACUUAGCCAACCGCCAUCUGGUUCCACAAAAUCACAAAAUCCUGGCGAGAAUGGCUCAGUGCUUUCAGAUAACCUUCCGACAGAGUUCUCCGGUUUCAAUCCCAUCGCACACGGUGUCUCUAACUUGACCAGUCGGAAUUCACUACGCGUUUCUGAAGUCCACGCACAUAUUCGAGCUGAUGACACUACUCCUGCACCUGCUCAGCCCCUUGCGAUUGCCACUCGCGCAGAUGAUUCAUGGCUUGCGUCUCGCUAUUCUUCGCUUUCACAAUCCGUGCAGCAGCGCGCUUCCAAUCGCAUCCCACCGGAGUUUUCACAUUCGAAUUUGUUCGCUGAUCCACGACCCUCUCGACCACAACAAACUCCACCGCCAUGCUACCUUCCGACACAGCCGGGAAGGUCUUCCACGAUCUCGGCGAGCACAUGGUUCACCGGCAAUCAUUUGUUAGGGCGUGAUAAAUCUGUACCACGUUCCUCCUCGGGCGCAGAUCUUCGUUCGGGACCUUCGACUACAUCUGCUUCUUCCACGUAUCCAAAUCAACAUGGAUUAGUGAACGCGAAGAUGGCUCUAAGAGACUGCCCUGAUAGCCAUAUUGCUCACCUAUGCGACGCAACGCACCUAGAACCAGCUGGAGUGGCCACUAUGUGUAGGACCGAAGGAUUUAGAUACUUCCGUGCACACCCAUCCGGCGGCCAAAGGAGUAACUACCGGCGAUAUUUGGUCCAAAGGGCAAUCACCAAGAUUUUAUGACCCUGAUCCCACCGCCCACCGCCUCGGAUGUGGUGCGGAACCUCACAUUGCCGGUCAACGCGGUUCGAUUUCCGCCUUCACAUCCGCUUUGGUCAGCAAACCGGAGGUCACUUACGACCCUCCUAGCAACGCGCAUCGGUCCAGUUUCGUUCGGCCUGAAUGGUCUAGUGCGCCGCGCAAUGGUGAAGCAACUCGGUUGUCAUUCAGCUUUCCAGCUGCGCCUCAUUUUUGCCCACAAACAGGUCUGAGUGAUCAAUACUCUCCAGUUACCCCUGCACCUGGGAACUCCAACAACAUGGGGGUGGAUUGUUCUGCGGAUUCUUCCGACACGGCCUUCCACUUCCCACCCGAUGAGCAACACGUUCGCUCUAGCACCGAAUUAGGACACUACCUUAGCUCAACUCAUCUUUCUGACCCCGUUGCAUCCGAGCAGACCAUUUCCGGUCUGGCAUACACCGGAUCGACCGUGCCUGCCAUACGAUCCAAGUGGAGUAAACAGCCUGCCAAGAUGCAUCAUCAUCAUCGUUUCGCCGCCAUCCGCCAAAGUAAUUCGACGGUUAAAGGCAGUGCGUACGUGGCUACGAAUGACUGACGACUCACUGGGGUGGGCCGCAUUGGGAACCUUCCCUUCAUACAGCUCUGUGAUGGGAUUGAUCUAAUACCAACCUCAGCAUCUGACUGAAUACACUUAGCUACGAGCAGCCAUCAGGACCCAGACAGCAGCUUGUAGUCGUGUAAUCCAACGGAACCCCAAAGAACAACUACCCCAAAAAAGCAACGGGUGCGACCUCCCACUAGUCCGUAAAACCUCUAGUUUUGGUUCAACUUUCACUCACUUUUGGUUGCAGAGAGACCAUCCCGCAUUUACACUAAAGCACAAGACCACGUUAGUACUUUGGUCCAACUCCGUCCUCGUCAGGCUUCAGGGCCUCGAGAUAUGAUAAUGAACACCGAAAUGUGCCUGAGCUUCAUAAUUACCGACGUCGAUAUCAGUCUACCUGGUAUGUCCGUUUUCAGAGACCACGGGGCGGGUAAGGGAUGGAGUAAUCAUUUAUUACAAAAACACCUUCUUUGUGAAAUUAUAGAUGAUCCGCAAAUGUGUCACCCAUAGCCUUUGGUGCAAGGUAUGGUUGAAGGAUGCCGGUAUAUGCCUUGUGUCCGUAGUUUACCGACCACGCAAAUCCACUCCGGAAAUGGACCACAGGCUAAUAUCUGCCUUGUGUUUAAUGACAUGUCGAUAAUACAACCAUAUCCUCAUUGCAAC